AAGCACUGUGAUUGGUAAUCUUGAGAAGUUUCUACCGGCGUGCUGCGCGGCUCGCGUUUCUGCCCCCGAGUCCGCUCCUGGUAGCCUUCCCGCUCCUCAGCAGCUUCGACCCGGGACAAAGCCUCGCCUGUUCUGCAGCUGUUUGCUCCUUCAGGGCAGCAUGUCGGAUUACGGCGGAGUCUCCUCUAACGGUGUUGGCGCUGGGGUGAAAAAAGACGCCUUUGCAGACGCCGUUCAACGAGCCAGACAGAUCGCAGCUAAAAUCGGUGGAGAGACUGUGCCCCAAGUGACAAACAACGGAGGAGCUGAAAGUUAUCCGUUCUCUGCACAGAAACGAUCCCUUGAAGAAGGAGAUGAGCCCGAUGCUAAGAAGUUAGCAUCACAGAGUGAAAGAGAUUCAGCAAUGUCUAUUGGAGCUCAGUUAGCUGCUCUGUCCCAACAAAGUGUCAGGUCCUCCACUAUUACAGAAGAGUACAAGGUGCCUGACAGCAUGGUUGGCCUCAUCAUUGGACGGGGAGGGGAACAGAUCAACAAAAUACAGCACGACUCUGGCUGCAAGGUCCAGAUUGCGCAUGACAGCGUCGGUCUUCCAGAAAGAAGCAUUUCCCUGACUGGAUCACCAGAGGCAGUACAGAGGGCCAGGGCUUUUCUAGAGGACAUUGUGUCCAGAGGUCAUGAUUCAAGUAACGGUCAGUCCGGCUCCAUGCAAGAGAUCAUCAUUCCUGCAGGAAAGGCCGGCCUAAUUAUUGGUAAAGGAGGAGAGACGAUCAAACAGCUCCAGGAGCGAGCUGGAGUUAAAAUGAUUCUUGUUCAGGACGGAUCACAGCCACCAAACAUAGACAAACCCUUGCGCAUCAUCGGAGACCCUUACAAAGUGCAGCAAGCAAAGGAGAUGGUGAAUGAGAUUCUACGAGAACGGGAUCACGCUGGGUUUGGAGAAAGGAAUGAAUACGGCUCAAGGAUGGGAGGGGGCGGCAUUGAUAUAGCUGUACCGCGACAGUCUGUAGGAGUUGUGAUCGGUCGCAGUGGGGAGAUGAUAAAAAAAAUCCAGAGCGAUGCUGGUGUGAAGAUCCAGUUUAAACCAGAUGACGGUACAGGCCCUGAUAAGAUUGCACACAUCAUGGGCCCUCCGGACCAGUGUCAGCACGCUGCUUCCAUUAUCACUGAGCUGCUGCAGAGCAUCCGUGCCCGAGAUGAAGGCGGGCAGGGGGGCCCUCCAGGUCCCGCUAUGUCGUCAGGAGGCCGAAGUCGUGGUGGAGGUCAGGGCAACUGGGGUCCUUCAGGAGGAGAGGUGACCUUCUCUAUUCCCGCGCACAAAUGUGGGCUCGUCAUUGGCAGAGGAGGAGAGAACAUCAAGUCCAUCAACCAGCAAACCGGGGCGUUUGUGGAGAUUUCCCGUCAAAUGCCGCCAAAUGGCGACCCAAACUACAAACUGUUUAUCAUCAGAGGCUCCCCUCAGGAGAUUGACCACGCCAAGCAGCUCAUAGAAGAAAAGAUUGAGGGUCCUUUGUGUCCAGUAGGGGGUGGUCCCGGUUCUGGAGGUCCAGGUGGGCCAAUGGGCCCCUAUAACCCAAAUCCCUAUAAUGCAGGGCCUCCUGGUGGAGCGCCGCAUGGAGCUCCUGGGGGUCCCCAGUAUUGUUCUCAAGGUUGGGGAAAUCCUUACCAACAGUGGCAAGCUCCAAAUUCACAUGACCCCAACAAAGCAGCUGCAGAUCCAAACGCAGCAUGGGCAGCAUACUAUGCUCAAUAUUAUGGGCAGCAGCCAGGGGCCGCCAUGGCCCCCCAGGCACCAGGUGCCCCUGCAGGAGCAGGGGACCAGGGCCAAGGAGCUCAGGCUUGUGGGGGCCAGCCUGACUAUACGAAAGCCUGGGAGGAAUAUUAUAAGAAGAUGGGCAUGACUCAACCAGGUGGAGGAGCAGCAGCCACUCCAGGCUCAGCACCAGCCGCUGCAGCUGCAGCACCAGGUGGCGCUGACGCUGGUGGACAGCAGGACUACAGUGCAGCCUGGGCUGAGUACUACAGACAGCAGGCUGCCUACUAUGGACAGGCAGGACAAGCUCCCGGACAGGCAGGUGGUCCAGAGCCGGGACAGCAGCCCCAGUAAACCCAUGGUUGAUCUGUUGGACGGCUGUAUUGGAUCUCAGGAUGCGUUUACUUUUCCUUUAUUUGGCUUUAAUAAGACAAGGCCAAGGUCUGCUUAUCCCUCAUAAUGUUAUCCAUGUGACAUAGUUUUUUUUAUGGAUUUAUAAAGGGGAACACAUUGCGCCCAUAAAUUGAACAAAGCACUAAAUACCUUUCCUGUUCGGUUUUCCCCUUUACAUGACUGCCUCACCUCAUUAUUCAAGUAAAGGUUUCUUUUUUUUUUUUCUUUUUUUUUUUUAUGAAAAUGUGAAUGAGCAAUUUUGCUUGCAAGCUAUCACAACAGCAUCUCAAUACUGAUUCACAUUUAGUAUUUCCCUUCAGUUUUCAGAGGGUACAAAAAGCUGUCUAGCAGUAUUUUGAAUAUAUUCACUAAUUAUCUUUGUAUGAAAGAUAAUUGCAAAGUUGUUUUGACCUAGGUACUUUUUCCCCCAACAUUCCUAGUGUGUAAUUUGCAGGUGUUAAUCUUCCUGCUGUGAUGAUUUUUUAAUUGUAUUCUUUCUUUUUUCCAAGAGGGUAUUGAGUGUUUGUAAUACCUGUAAUGCUACUGAAUGCUACAGAAACUGAAUGCGGUUUGGCAGCAAUUGGUCACUAAUUGUCCUAUUAACUGUAGGCUGGUUGUGUGUGCAUGUAUAUUUGUGUGCUUGACUGCCCUCCUUUUCAUUGUCAGCUUUACUUUUGAAACAUUUCUUCCAUUAGGUUCUGUCCUAUUUUUACUUCUUUUUUUUUACGGUUUGUUUUUAAAGACUUCAAUAAAACAUUAAUAUGAUA